GGGUUGGAGUUGACCUGAUCUCCUUGGAUCUUUAAAACUGCAUUUUACAGAGGUUGAUAUUGCAGCAACACGUUUAUUCGUUUUAGUUUUGUGUGCUUCGCUGUCCUCUCCUCCGGACGCACCAAUUCAGCGCAUUUUCCAGCAGAGAUCAUUGUGAGAUCGCAGGUCGGAAGGAUGACAGCUCGAGUGUAUUUCUCGUUGAUUGCGGUUUUAUCGUGUCUGGUCGGAUACUUGAGCAUAACAGAUGCUACUAGAAACACCGCAAAGCCAGGACGGUGUCCACCCCAAUCAUCUGGAAGAAGAUUAUGUACCAGUUCCUGUAAGAGUGACUCUAACUGUCCCAACAAUGAGAAGUGCUGCAGCAAUGGAUGUGGACGUUACUGUACAGCUCCAUAUACAGUGAAGCCGGGUCAAUGUCCCAAACUGAAGAACAUUCCACUGUGUGCUGAAAGCUGUUUCCAUGAUGGCCAGUGUCCUACCACACAGAAAUGUUGCCCAACCACCAGUGGCCGUGCAUGCAGUGAACCACGUGGUCAGGGAAAUGGCCAGGGAAGUGGCCAGGGAAGAAGCCAGGUAAGAGGCCAGGGAAACGGCCAGGGAAGCGGUUAUGGCCAGGGAAGCGGUCAGAGGAGCGGUUAUGGUCAGGGGAGCGGUCAGGGUCAGGGAAGCGGUUAUGGUCAAGGAAGCGGUCAUGGUCAGGGGAGCGGUUAUGGUCAGGGAAGCGGUCAGGGAAGCGGUUAUGGUCAAGGAAGCGGUCAUGGUCAGGGGAGCGGUUAUGGUCAGGGAAGCGGUCAGGGGAGCGGUUAUGGUCAGGGAAGCGGUUAUGAUCAGGGAAGCGGUCAAGGUCAGGGAUGUGGUCAUUGAAACGGUCAUGGGAAUUUUGCAUAACACCUACUGGAGAUCUUUUCAAUUCAGUGCUUUAUUCAUAUGGCAUGUUUUCACAAUUUGAAAAG